CUAGUUUGUGUUUACUUGUAAAGUUUUCUAGUUUUCUAAUAUUUUUAGCUGACUACAAAUGCCGGGAACGAUUCUGGUAGUAUGUCUCAUACUCAGCGUAACGUUGACGAAUGCAAAUUACCCAAAGAGGCUUUCGGAUCCCGAAACUGAUCUUCCAGUACAAGAAUACGAAAAGCACAAUGGAGACGUGGUUGACUACAAGAUCCUUCUAGGCGGGAACAUAGAACGGCCUCCAUACAUUUUGGCCUUAUUUGUGGAGAGCAGCGUAGUCUACGACGAGUUCCAAUGCCAUGUAACGUCAGAAGAAGAAGUGGAACAGCUGAGAGUGAAUCAAAGGGAUGGUGUUUUUGCCAGCGUUCUGCCAACGGAGAAUUACGCAGUGCUGUGCAAAAAAAACGAGCCUGGUUCCAUGAUGGUAAUUAAGGACGGGGAGUGUAGAAGAAGGAAGUACAACCAGAAUGACUUAAGGUUGGCUCCAUCUGAAGAAGUGGUGACAGGAUUGAAAUGUUGUGAAGCAGCAAGAGAGAUAGCGAGUCUGAUACCAGGGAGACAUAUAGAGCUGAUGGUACAUGAUUCAACAGUGCACAUCUGUGUUGAGAAGGUGGACAGUAUUCACUUGCAUGAUAUAAGAGAAUCCUCUGUCAAACCAACGACGGCAGACUUGGCAACUUCUGCAUCGACUCCGCCCACAGAUAUAACUACUGCACCGGCUCCACACACAGAUAUAACUACUGCACCGGCUCCGCCCACAGAUAUAACUACUAAAACAAACCCGCCCACAGCUGUACCGGCCCCACCUACAGAUAGAACUACUGCACCGGCUCCGCCAAUAGCUUCACCGGCCCCAUCUACAGAUAGAACUACUGCACCGGCCAUACCUAAAGCUACCACUACUGAACCGGCCCUACCCACAGCUACAGUUACUGCACCGGCUCCGCCCCCAGAUAUAACUUCUGAACCUACCCCGCCCUUAGCAGUACCAGCCCCACCUACAGAUGGAACUACUGCACCGGCUAUGCCUAAAGCUACCACUACUGAACCGGACCCACCCGAAGCUACAGUUACUGCACCAGCUCCGCCCCCAGAUAUAACUACCGAACCAACCCCGCCCUUAGCAGUACCGGUCCCACCUACAGAUGGAACUACUGCACCGGCUAUGCCUAAAGCUACCACUACUGAACCGGACCCACCCGAAGCUACAGUUACUGCAUCGGCUCCGCACCCAGAUAUAACUACUGAACCAACCACGCCGACAACUGAACCGGCCCCAGCCACAGCUACACCCAAGAAAUCCAAGGUAGCGGCAGGAAAGAAACAACCUAAUAAGACCACACACCCCCCUAUAUCUGACAUGGUACACGCGGCUAUCGAUAAUCUGAACACGCGUGGAGGUUCCAGCUUACGGGUUAUAAAAACAUACAUCGCCCAAAAUUACAAGGUUUACAUCAAUGAAAAGGUGUCUUCAUCUAUCCGUGAUUACCUGAAUUCUGCGGUGACAGCUGGCACUCUUGAACGGCGGAAAAUCUUCGACAAUUUUAGGUACUCUGUCAAGAAGCCAGCGAAUACGCCCACUACUACCAAGCCAAAUGGAGAGAAUAAACCUAAGGUGAAUGCAGAUAACAAAACAACCAAGAAGGCAAGCCCGGCAACUAAUGCCCCGGAGGAGGACUAUGGACUAGCCACAUCAACCUCGGUGGAGAGGAAGUUUACACCUUGGCUACCUCCUGUACAAUGGCCCCCUCUCCACCCUGCCUUGUUGCCCCUCUGGUGCUUUGCCCCCGCCAAGAAAUAA